AUGAUGAAGAUGUUGUUUGAGAAGGACAGAUCAUUUGACUUUCCGAUAUGGCCGCGAGUCCCCCAUCAUUCCACCCCCAAAUUUGAUUAAUAAUAAUUCUCAAACAACAAUUCUUUGAUUUGAUUUGAUUUGUGUAGCAAAUUCUCGAAAACAAACAAAAAGAAAGAAAGAUGGUGGAUGAUGAUCAAUUCAAUGGAGGAACUUGAUCGGAUAAAAGAGACGAAGAAGAGAUCGGGGAAGAUGGGGAUUAUUCCGUACGCCGCCAGACUCCGUUUCCGGUCACGGUUUCGAUCCUCAAUUGACUCCUACUGCUUCGCUCAUGAGGCCUUCUCCGAUCGUAGUCGUUUCGAUUGCUUCUUCUUAUAGCACCCUUCUCCUCCUCUCCCUCAAAUCAAUCAAUCAAUCAAUAGUCUCUGUUUCCGUUUCCUCCUUCUUCUCUUCUCUUUCUUUGUGUGCAAUAUAUUAUAGUAUUAAAAAAUGGCUUUUGGAUCUUCUGGAACUUCGGAAGAAGAAGCUGACUUCGCUGACAAAGAUCCCACCGGCCGCUACAUUAGGUAUCAUGAUGUCCUGGGGAGAGGCGCUUUCAAGACUGUAUAUAAGGCGUUUGAUGAAGUAGAUGGAAUUGAGGUAGCUUGGAACCUAGUCAGCAUCGAAGACGUUAUGCAGAUGCCUGGUCAGCUUGAAAGGCUCUAUUCCGAGGUUCACCUCCUCAAAGCUCUUAAACACGAAAACAUCAUCAAACUCUUCAACUCUUGGGUCGACGAGAAGAACAAGACUAUUAACAUGAUCACCGAGCUUUUCACCUCUGGUAGUCUCAGGCUGUACCGUAAGAAGCAUAGGAAGGUUGAUCCCAAGGCCAUCAAGAACUGGGCAAGGCAGAUUCUUAAAGGCUUGACCUAUUUGCAUUCUCAGAAGCCUCCUGUUAUCCACCGGGAUCUCAAGUGUGACAAUAUAUUCGUCAAUGGAAACACUGGUGAGAUCAAAAUUGGUGAUCUCGGCCUUGCAACUGUGCUCCAGCAACCCACUGCUCGAAGCGUCAUUGGUACUCCCGAGUUUAUGGCCCCUGAGCUGUAUGAGGAGGAAUACACUGAGCUUGUCGACAUCUACUCUUUCGGCAUGUGUAUGUUGGAGAUGGUUACCUGCGAAUAUCCCUACAACGAGUGCAGAAACCAGGCUCAGAUUUACAAGAAGGUCACCUCGGGUAUAAAGCCUCAAUCUCUCAGCAGAGUUGAUGAUCCUCUAGUUAGGCAAUUCAUAGAGAAAUGUCUUCUUCCCGCCUCUUCUAGACCAAAGGCUCUCGAGCUCUCCAUGGACCCCUUCCUCGCCAGAGAUGGAAGCAAGGACUCUGCUUCUCUUCUUGCUUCAACAAGCACUGCUUCUAAACCACCACAUCCUGAACAUCUUCCCAUGGAUGUGGAUCAUCAUCAUAACGAGAAUAAAAGUGUCUCAGUCUCCUCCUCUCGGAAAAGCAACAACGAAGAAUCGUACCCCUGGUGCCAGACCAUUGAACUUCAGAGGUUUGCUGAGGAUAAAGAGUUCAGGUUGAGAGGAGAGAGGAGCGAUGAUGCCACGGCGUCAAUGCUUCUGCGUAUCGGUGAUUCAUCUGGCAAAGGAAGAAUCGUACACUUUGCAUUCUAUCUGAAUUCAGACACAGCAACAGCAAUCGCUGAGGAAAUGGUUGAGGAGCUGCACCUAACUAGCCAAGAGGUUAUAGUGAUAGCUGAUAUGAUCAAUGACUUGAUAAUGCAACUUCACUCUGAGCGGUCCUCCUCUUCGCAUCCAAAUCAAACCUCUCCACAUCUAGCCGUCCCUGAGGAUCAUGAAGCAGCAAAUCAGCUAACUGCGAACUCGAAAGAUGAAGAAUCAAUGAAGUCUGGCAUAUCAACAGACUAUUACUUGCCCUUCUCCUCAAACGGAAGUGCUGGCCAGGAGGCAGAGUCCAUGAGCUCGUUUCUUGAUUCUUGCUCAAUGAUGUCAACCCUUUACAUUUCAGACAACGAGUAUCCAGAAGAUCUCAAGACAGAACUGAACAUGAUCGAGUCACAAUAUAACCAGUCCGUCCAAGAUCUGCUGAAACUCAAGGAAGAUGCUGUUGAGAACGCAAAGAGAAAAUGGAUUAUAAAAAAGCAAAAAGGUUUGUGAUCAUCAAAGCCCUGAUUCUGGCACUUAUUCUUGGGGCCAUGAAUGGUGUGAUGAUAUAUUUACAAUUGGUGUUUGGAUAUUUUGAUUUGAUGUAUUUUGUACUUAGCAAACAUGGAAUAGUGUUAUUCGACUUCUAUUAUUUCUAACAA